CUGAAAUCUGUUGCAGUGGAAGAAAAGGGACAAGGAAGCUCUUCCCGGUUUCUUCAUCCCCUUCCAUUUCCUCCCCACCCUCCCCCUUGCUCGCCCCUCCCUGAAAGGGCAAUCUCUUCUCCCUGCAUCUCUGGGCUCUCCUCCCAUCGUCUCUGCCUUCAUCACAGGUUUUGGCUGCAGCGGGAGAGGGAGUUUUUGUUGCCACCCACACCCGUCAACACUCCCAACCUCCAUUCCCACCACUGAUCUUUCCUUCUUUCCUCUCUUUUCCUUUCUCUUCAUCCUCUCAUCUCUCUCUCUCUCUCUCUCUCUCUCUCUCUCUCUUCUCUCUCUCUCUCUCCUCUCUCCUCUCUCUCUCUUUCUCUCUCAUCUGACCCCUCCCUCAUUUUUUACCCUUUGCCACUCUGUGUGGGAAUGAUGUACACAUCGGAGAGUCCAAUUUCUUCAAAGGUCUGACAGAUUUAUGCAUUUUAUUUUCAAGGAGCUGCCCUCCUCGAUUUUAAAAAAUUAAUAUUAAGAAACAAAGGGAGAGGCAGACGUUUAUUUAUUUUUAUUCUAAGACGGUUUUUUUUAAGAGGAAGAAGAUGAACUGAAAAGAUCCCCACCAUGGAGUCUCCAAUCUUAGUGACCACCACAUUCUGUUUGAUCUUCUGUCUCCUAGCAGUUUGGGGAAUUGGAGUAGACCCCUCCUUGAAAAUCGACUUCUUAACGGAUUUAGAGCUGGGGGAGUCCACGGUGGGAGUACUCCAGGUUCCUGGGCUGCACAAUGGAAGUAAAGCCUUUCUUUUUCAAGAUACUUCAAGGAGUGUAAAAGCAUCCAUUGCUACUGCUGAACAAUUUUUUCAGAAGUUACGAAAUGAGCAUGAGUUCACUAUUUUGGUGACCUUAAAACAAAUACAGUUAAAUUCAGGUGUUAUCCUAUCUAUUCAUCAUUUAGAUAAAAGAUACCUGGAACUGGAAAGCAGUGGUCAUCGAAAUGAAAUCAGGUUGCAUUACCAUUCAGGCAGUAAGCAAACUCAAACAGAGGUGUUUCCUUACAUUUUGGCUGAUGAUACAUGGCACAGACUCUCCUUAGCCAUUAGUGCCUCACAUUUGAUUUUACAUGUGGAUUGUAAUAAAAUUUAUGAAAGAGUAGUGGAAAAACCAUCCAUGGAUUUCCCUUUAGGCACAACUUUUUGGCUAGGACAAAGGAAUAAUGCGCAUGGAUACUUUAAGGGAAUAAUGCAAGAUGUGCAAUUACUUGUCAUGCCCCAGGGAUUUAUUACUCAGUGUCCAGAUCUUAAUCGCACAUGUCCAACUUGUAAUGACUUCCAUGGGCUUGUGCAGAAAAUAAUGGAGCUGCAAGACAUUUUGGCCAAAACAUCAGCUAAGCUAUCCAAUGCUGAACAGCGGAUGAAUAAAUUGAAUCACUGCUACUGUGAAAAGACCUGUACUAUGAAAGGCACUACCUACCAAGAAUCUGAAUCCUGGACAGAUGGCUGUAAGAAUUGUACAUGCAUGAAUGGCACCAUCCAGUGUGAAACACUGGCCUGUUCGUUUCCCGAUUGUCCGUCUAAGUCUGCCCCUGCUUUUGUGGAUGGCAAAUGCUGUAAGGAAUGCAAAUCCAUAUGCCAUUUUCAAGGAAGAACCUAUUUUGAAGGAGAGAAAAAAACAAUAUAUUCCUCUUCUGGAGUUUGUGUUCUCUAUGAGUGUAAGGACAAAACAAUGAAGUUUGUUGAGAAUUCAGUCUGCCAGCCCUUGAAUUGUCCAGAUUCCCACCAUAUUACUUUACCUCAUAGCUGCUGCAAAGUUUGCAAAGGUCAUGAUUUUUGUUCUGUGAGACAUAACUGCAUGGAGAAUUCAGUCUGCCAGAAUCUAAAUGACAGGGCAGUCUGUAUUUGUCAAGAUGGUUUUCGAGCCCUUCGAGAGGACAAUGCCUACUGUGAAGACAUUGAUGAAUGUGCUGAAGGACACCACUAUUGCCGGGAGAACACCAUGUGUGUCAACAUACCAGGUUCUUUCAUGUGCAUCUGCAAAGCAGGAUACCUAAGAAUUGAUGAUUAUUCAUGUACGGCAUUUUGCAAAAAUGGCUGUAGAAAUGGAGGAACCUGUAUUGCUUCCAAUGUAUGUGCCUGUCCACCAGGUUUCACAGGACCUAGCUGUGAAACAGACAUUGAUGAAUGUUCAGAUGGCUUUGUACAAUGUGACAACCGUGCUAACUGCAUUAAUCUGCCUGGUUGGUAUCACUGUGAGUGCAGAGAUGGCUACCAUGACAAUGGAAUGUUUUCACCCAAUGGAGAGUCAUGUGAAGAUAUUGAUGAAUGUAGUACUGGGAGACACAGCUGUGCCAAUGAUACCAUUUGCUUUAACCUGGAUGGUGGUUAUGAUUGCCGGUGUCCUCAUGGGAAAAACUGCACAGGAGAUUGUAUUCACAAUGAAAAAGUUAAACACAAUGGGCAGAUUUGGGUGUUAGAUAAUGACAGAUGUUCCGUGUGCUCAUGUCAGAAUGGGUUUGUCAUGUGUCGCCGGAUGGUCUGUGACUGUGAAAAUCCCACUGUUGAUCUCUUUUGCUGCCCAGAAUGUGACCUCAGGGUUACCAGUCAAUGUCUCCAUCAGAAUGGGGAAAUCUUAUACAAUAGUGGAGACACCUGGGUACAGAGUUGCCAACAGUGCCGAUGUUUGAAAGGGGAAGUUGAUUGCUGGCCUCUGCCUUGCCCAGAUUUAGAGUGUGAAUUCAGCAUGCUCCCAGAGAGUGAGUGCUGUCCACGCUGUGUCACUGACCCUUGCCAGGCUGACAUCAUACGCAAUAACAUUAUGAAGACUUGCCUGGAUGAAAUGCAUGUGGUUCGUUUCACUGGAUCUUCUUGGAUUAAGCAUGGUACUGAAUGCACCCUCUGCCAAUGCAAGAAUGGUCAUGUCUGUUGUACAGUGGAUCUACAGUGCCUUCAAGAACUAUGAAGUUAACAUCUGUCUCUAACAAGAGGUUUCUGGUUAAAGACUUUUACUUUACUAAAAAAAAAGUCCAAAAACUCAAUAGUCAAAACCAAAAUUGGACCAGUUGCAUGUGGUGAACAUGUGGAUCUAUUUUGAGCUUUUAAUUAUAGAAUUUAUAGAUCUUGAGGAAACCUCAGAUGGAAAAAUCAAUGGAUUAAGUCAGAAUACACUUCUGGCUAUUUUGUUUUUGACCUGACUAUAUGGGAUGAGUAUGGAAUACAUAGUGAUGUCAAAACUACUGGAAGCAGACACUGAUCCUGUUUGAUAUUUGAAGGCAGCUUUCUUCAUUUGGUGCAGAAAAUUAUAGCUUAUGUUAUCUUCAUAUAUUGCUUGGGGUCCUCGCUAUAACUUUUUUAGUCAGUGAAUGGAAAACAUUUUUUACAAGAUAGAUAACCUAUGAUGUUUUAUGUAUAAUACAUACUCAGAAAAAAAAUACAAGUUACAGGAAAAAAUGUAUAGGCAUGGAUGCUUAAUGUUUUCUGAUGGGAAAGUCAUCUCUAUUUACUUCGGGGAGUGUGUGUGUGUGUGUGUGUGUGUGUGUGUGUGUGCAUGCGCGUGUGUGCACAUGUGCGCAUUUAAUAGUACUUGAUUAAAUUCUUGUGCAAAAUUUAAAUAAAUAUCUCUUACAUUAUAUUUGUGACCUUUUGAGUACCCCUCCCCUUUUAAAAGAGAAUGUAUCCUCUUAUUCUUCUAAGUUCAUCUAUACUUUUCUCACAAAUGGAUCAAUCCUCAUUUGUGUUUUCCCAUCAGGCUCCUUAAAGUGUUUUUUUCCUUGAAAUGAGACCAAGGAACAAAUGGUGGGAGAGGGGAAAGUAAGAGGCAGGAGUUUUAUUACAUCAUAUAUCAGUGAAAUUCCCUAGAGAAUAUGUCUUCAGGACUUGUCUCUUCUAGCUUUAAAAUUGUAUGAUCUCAUUUAUCUAAGGUAAUAAUAGAAAGCCCUAAUUUGUUACAAGAAACAUAAGCCUUGCUGGAAUGAUACAACUUCUGAUUAGUCCCCUAGUAAUUGCUGAGGAACCUUCCCCUCAAAGUCCAACCUUCAAACUUUCUCCCUUAGACUUGUCUCCUGUUGGACAGACUUUCUCAUCCUUGGACUUCCAGGCAAUUAGGAAGGAGGGAAUUUCUCUGCCGUCCUCCCAAAAGCACUAAUAGCUUACAGCAAAAUCACUUGGAAGCAUGAAAUGGACCUUGAGCCUCAGGUUGCCUCUUUUUGCCUUUCCCUGAAUAUAGUUUAGUAACUAGAAAUGGAUCUUUCUAGCAUUGGUGGUUAGUUACCACAUGGGUCAAGAGUUAAAGAACUUAAGGUUUAGGAAUCUAAAUUUAAGUUUUUGCAACAAAAUGCUUCUCAAGGGAAAAAUGAUCAUCGCUAGGAUCAUCCUGUAGCUGGGAAGGACUAAAGGCAGCCAUUCCAGGAGAGAUGAACUUGUUAGUUAGCCAGAUGGUGCAGGUCUAAAGUGAAUGCAAAAUAUCAAUCCAGCUGUUUCAAUCAUGGUCUUUAUUUUGGGGGGAGGAGUCUAAUGAGGCCAUUUGAGAUAUAUUAUGAUUCCUGUAUCUGUUCAUACACUAAAUAAUUUGUGUUUUAUGCAUUUUUGUGGUGGAGGAAAUAAACCACUAACUUGAUAAUCA